AUGAAUGCAGGGUUCACAAUUGUGAAAUUUCGGGAUGCAGCUACUCGUGAUUUGGUGUUAGAAUCUGGUGUGGUUCACUUUGAUAGGAAGCCUGUCAUUUUGAGGCCUUGGUCUUCUGAUUUGGAAACUUUGAGGUUAGUGAAAUCAGUGCUUGUUUGGAUUAGAUUACCUGAUUUGGGGCUUCAAUAUUGGGGUACUAAAUGUUUGAGUGCUCUUGUUAGUACUAUUGGUCGACCUAUGAUGAUAGACAAGAUUACUAAAGACAGAGCUAUGGUGAAGUUUGCCAGAGUACUGGAGGAUAUUGAAAUAGCUGAGAAGCUACCUCACACGAUAAGCUUUCUGAAUGAACGAGGACAACUGAUGGAACAGGUUAUUGAAUUUGAAUGGUUGCCUACUAGAUGUUCGACUUGUAAAAACUUAGGGCACACUGCUUCAAGUUGUAAAAAGGAGCGGAUUUCUGUCUGGAGGGCUAAGGCGGAGAAACCUGAUUUAGUGGAAAUGGAGGAUAAGAAUAAACAGAAGGAUUCUGAUCCAGUUACUGAUAAAUUGACCAAGAGUUCCUCUGCUACUGCUGCAAGUUUGAUAACCCAGCCUGCUCAAGUGAAGGAGCCCUGUUGCUCUAUUGCUAGUCCGGAUUCGGGUUGGACUACACCUAAACGAGUGAAUGGUUCUAAACAUGUGAUUGUUGUAUCUCAGCCUAGGAAGGAUAACCAAUAUAGUGUGUUAAAGGAGUGUCAAAUGGAGGUCACAAAACAGGGACAAAUUGCUAACACUAUUUCUGAUGGAAGGAGGAAAUCUUCUGUGCUGGAAUGGGCUUUUCGUGAAUCGAAGCUUAGGGGUCCCAAGAUUGAGGAAAUGAUGACAACGAUUUUUAGGGGUUGGGAGUUUCUUAAUGUUCCAGCUAUAGAAGGUCGAAUUUUGUUGGUUUGGAAAGGUGAUAUUGCUAGAGUGAAGUUUCUCUGGGUUGAGGAUCAGCUCCUACACUGCUGUGUGAAGAUCGUGGGGCCUUGGUUAGUGGCUGGGGACUUUAAUGCAGUGUUUAACUUUGAUGAUAGAGUUGGAGGUCAGCCAAUUACGAAAUUGGAAAUGGAAGAUGCUCGGAGUUGGAGGGCUAGCAGCUUGUUGUCCGAGAUUCGUAGGAUUGGUUUCCACUAUACUUGGUCUAACAAACAGGUAGAAGGGUCCCGUAUUUUCUCUAAAUUGGAUAGAGUCCUUAGUAAUGAAGCUUGGGUUGAUAGCUUUCCCAACUCUGAAGCUCGUUUUAAUUGGGAUACUAUUUUGGAUCACUGUUUUUGUAUUAUCAAGACUGUGAUUAGUAAGGUUUCGGGGGCUAAACCUUUCAAAUUCUUUAACAUGUGGGCUAAUCAUAUAGAUUUCCGAGAAUCUGUUCUCAAUAGUUGGUCUGUGCUGGUUAAGGGAACUGGUCUUAUGGGUAUUCUUCAGAAGCUAACUAGACUGAAGGCUGUGCUAUAUCGGUUUAAUAAACUGAAAGUUGGAGAUGUCAUUGUUCAGUAUGAAGCGGCCAAGGUAACAUUUCAGUAA